AUGAUUCGUAACUUUUUAUGUCUUAAACAAAAACGAACUUUAUUUCUUCUGAUUAUUAGUUUAAUUAUAUUUUUCUUCUAUUAUAAUAUUCAUCUUAAAUCACAACAACAACAACUUUUUAUACCUCGCCUUCGUAUUAAUCAUGAAAAACUAUUAAAUCAAAAUUUAACAUUUAAAAAAGUAUCGAUUGCUUAUUAUACAACAUCGUAUCUUAUACGGACUGAUUCUCAUACAAAAAUUUUUAAUAAAAAUCUAGAAGAAAUAUGUGAAAUACUUGAUCCUGAAGAUUAUCCAUUAGCUGAUAGUGUUUUUGUUAAUAUUGUUGAUUUUACUCGAUUUCCAAAAUCAUAUCGACAUUUACAUCAAUCACAAUUAUGGAUAUUUCAUUCAGAAGAAUCUCCAAGAAAUUCUUAUAGAACUGUAAAUAUGAAGAAUAUAGUAGAACUUGAUGAUUGGUUUAAUUUAACAUCAACAUUUCGUCCAGAAUCAGAUUUUCAUAUAAAAUAUCGAGGUUAUCGUAUCAAACCAAACAUCGGAAAACUUCUCCAAGUUAAACUUAAUAUAAAUCUCAAUCAAACAAUUUAUUCAACAUCAGAUAUUUUUCACAAUACAUCUUCCAUCUAUCUAAAUACUUUAUCAUCUAUACUUCAUAGAGAAUUAUUGAAUCGACAAAAUGUUCUAUUAAAUAUUUGUCCUUAUACUUGUAAUCAACCGUUACCAUCUCAUGCAAUUCAAGCUCUUCAACCUUAUUUAAAUGAAAUUAAACCGAAAGUUUUAAAUCGAAAUAUUGUUUAUAUUGCUUGGUUUGUUUCCAAUUGUGAUACACAUUCACGUCGAGAAGAUUAUGUAAAUAAAUUACGUUCACAAAAAGGUAUUCAUAUUGAUAUAUAUGGUAAUUGUAAAUCAAUGUAUCAUUCACAUAUUAUACCAAUUCAAUGUCAGAAAGGUACACCAAAUUGUACAGAAAAAACGAUAUCAAACUAUCGAUUUUAUUUAUCAUUUGAAAAUUCGAAAUGUGAUACAUAUAUUACGGAAAAAUAUUGGAUACAAGGUACAAAUGGUUAUGCUAUACCAAUUGUUUUAGGUGCUAAAAAAGAACAAUAUGAACGUAUAGUAGUACCAAAUUCAUAUAUACAUGUUGAUGAUUUUUUAACAGUUGAAGAUCUUGCUAAUGAACUUCAUCGUUUAAAUCAAAAUGAUACUGAAUUUAUGAAAUAUCUUCAAUGGACACAACUCUAUGAUGUAUCAGUUGAUUAUUCUCCUGCAUCAAUUAUUGAUAUGCAUUCAACACUUUGUUUUCUUGGACAUUAUCAAUAUUUACAUUCGAUGAAAGAAGAAAAUCAACAGAUAACAUAUGGAAUGAAAACUAUUCGAAAUAUAUUUCAUAUGACCAAUAUGCAUUUAUCAAAUUUUAAUUGGACAACAGCAAAAACCAAUUUAAUACGUAUUAGUCAAUUUUAUAAUCCGACUGUUAAUUGUUGGGAUAUGGAUUACCCAUCGAUAUUAAAACAGAUUUAUAAUCAUUUAUUUACUUGGUGGAAACUGUUUUGA